AAUAGGUGGCGGUAAUGCUUCUUAAGAUGGUUGCCAACCUCCAUUAAAUGAAGAAAAAGCAGAAGUAGCACUUUAGGUUCUUCCGCCUGAAGUGAUUGAGGACCGAUCGUCUAACCGGCAGUUGAGAAGUGAGGAAAACCAACUCAGGAUCAACCAUGCCGAUGUUUGUGGUGAACACCAAUGUGGCCAGAGCCGAUGUGCCCGCGGCUCUGUUGACGGAGGCCUCCGCGGAGCUGACUAAGGCUAUUGGAAAACCCGAACAGGUAGGCCUUAGGUACACUCACAUGCUUAAGAUGUUUAUUGUUAUAAAAAUAUAUCUUCUUGUAUGGAUUUAAUUUACAUUACAUGAGCUAAAAGUCUAGCCUACGUUCAACAUGACCAAAAGUAGGCCUCUUUUUGGUUUCUGAAGGACCAUGGUCAGAUUGUUGUGCAAAUAUUUCAACAUGGUACUGAUUAACUAACUAGCAGGAUAGAUGCUGUAACUGCGGAAAUUUGAGUCUCUUAAUUUAAUUUGUAUUCAUGGCAUCAAAAAGUCUCCUCAACUUGUCUAUGUUAAUGUUUUGCACAGUACAUUGCAGUGCACAUCAACCCUGACCAGAUGAUGAUCUUUGGUGGGAAGGGGGACCCCUGCGCGCUUUGCUCCAUCCACAGCAUUGGCAGAAUCGGUGAUGCUCAGAACAAGAAGUACUCGAAACUGGUGUGUGAACUUCUCAACAAACACCUGGGCAUCUCUGCAGACAGGUAGCUAAAACACACACAUCCCAUCACGUAGCCAGCAUGUCUUCUGUACUUAAUCUAAUUAGGAAGAGUUAGGUGCUGACCGGAAGACACAGACUUAGAUACCCUUAAUCUCACAUGCAGUACUUUGCUUUCUCUCAAAGCUCUGGCUCAUAAAGUUAUUUCUCUUUCUCUUUUUCAGAAUUUAUAUUAAUUUUACUGACAUGCCUGCUGGAAAUGUGGGCUGGAACAACACAACCUUUGGUUGAGAGGGAACGAGGUGCAGCUCUGAUGAAAGACCAUUCCAAAAAGUACGUUAUGAAUUUAGUCAAGAUACCUAGAUGUGCGAUAGCAAGUAACUGCAUGAUUACUGUAAAAGCACUUAGCAGCACAUGCUUUGCACUAGUUAUUUUUUAAGUCAUUAGUUGAUGAAAAUAAAUGAAAUAAACCAUAAUGUGAAACAGUCUGUUUUUUUAUUGUUUUACCCAGAAAACACACACCAUACUUAAAUGCAGAGUUUUACAUAUUGUAAGCAUGUAAAAAAGUGGUUGAAUGGAAUAAGAACAUAUUUGAUUGUAUCAUUUACACCUAGACAAAUCUGUAAAUUAUCAAAAUGAAUUUAUAAAUUAUUUAUUACAACUAACUGAAAACUUACCACCCUGAAAGCUUAUCAACCUUGUCCCCACAUGUCAGUUGUGAAGCAUCAACAUGCCUGACAUUCAUAAACAUAGCAGGAAAUGUACUUUUUGUACUCAAAGCUUAAGCUUGCAGCUGAUUUCAUGAAAAUUUAGGAGAUCCUAGUGAGCUUUUUAGCUGAAAAAAAUAGCUAUUAACUACUCGUGCACAUUGUAACAACCCGUGCACAUGUUUAUAUUAUCAGUAUUAUCACGCAUCGCAUUGGGAGUAGGAUUAUUAACAAUAUUAAGACACUUGGGAAGUUGCUGGAAAGCAGAAAGCACCAUGAAGCAGCUCCUGUAAGAGCAGAAAGAUUGCACUGGUAGCCCGAUUGUUACCUUCUCUGGUCAAAUAUUUGUUUGCUAUGACUUCUAGCUGAUUUUUUACCAGGAGGCUGGCAGGAAAAAGUCAGGCUGUGUGUGCUCACAGAUGCAUUUCACUCCCGCAAAAAACUUGAGGUCAUAUCCAGGCAUUUUGUUUAUGAGUAAAAGCAGAUGUAAAAAAAAAAGUAAGGCUGCAGGGUGAGGAUGCAUACCAUGGAAGCCAACAAUUGGAAGAAGAAGACAACCAUUCACCUGGUGGAGCAUUGAAUUGAGUUCAAGCAACAUAGCCCGCAGAUGAAAUGAACAGAUCAUGAAUGGUGUCCAGUUGGAAUUAACACCAAUGCUAAUGCCAUAUGGAAAAAUCCCAAAUGAGAGCUCUAGCUAUCUGUAUGUUAUGAGAGGUAAACCUUGUAUAGCUAGUGGAAGGGGCAUAAUUGGGAUGUAAAAGUAGAUGUUCAGUGGAUGUAAAUUAGUCACCAGGGUGAAGCACUGCAUUGCUGUGUGCAUCAGCAUGCUAAACUUGUACUUUCUCAUACACUUGUUCAGAGCAUGAAUCUCCAAUAUACAUGUCAAUCUGGGCCAUACACCUGAAAUUGAAACUACUCUUGAACUCACUACAAGGUGAUUUCCUCUUGCAAACUGUGAGCAAUCACAGCCUGAGCAAACAACUGUAAUAUCCUGUCUAAACAGGCAGCGUGGAUGCAAACUUGAGUCUAUCAUAUACAGUGACUGCCCUUAUUACCCAAUCAGACACUCCCCAUGCUCAAACAAUACUUCAAAACUUUCCAAUAUUCAUCAAACAAAAAGCUAUUAAAACCACAGUUAUGCACUGUAUAUCAUAUUUUACCAAAUUGAACUAAUAAAAAUUCAUUGUUUUCUAUCGGAA